GGUUGAGUAGUGGUAUAUAAGGUGCAACCACGGAGUUGGUGUACACUGCAGUCGAAAGUUUCAUCCCAGUCCAAACCCAAGGGACAAGCAGAGGCAAAAAUGGCAUUCGCUGGUAUUCUGAAAGAUGGUGACAUCACUGCAGCCCUGAAGGCUUGCGAAGCUGCUGACUCCUUCAACUUCAAGACUUUCUUCGCCAAGGUCGGUCUGUCCGGCAAGUCUGCCGAUGAUGUCAAGAAGGCCUUUGCUGUCAUUGACCAGGACAAGAGCGGCUUCAUUGAGGAGGAUGAGCUUAAACUGUUCCUGCAGAACUUCUCAUCUGGUGCCAGAGCAUUGACUGAUGCUGAGACAAAAGCCUUCCUGACAGCUGGAGACUCUGAUGGUGAUGGCAAGAUUGGAGUGGAUGAGUUCGCUGCUAUGGUCAAGGCAUAAAUGGCUUCUAAACAACAACCUUAGGUUCCAACCAGUAAUGUAGCCUUCUUAGACCUCCACAUUUUUAUCUGGGUGGCUGUUUUUUAUACAUAAUUCUGGCUGUCCACUCCCAUGCUGCACUCUGUCCGGAAUGACUGUAAAUAUCACAAGUCUUUCGUGUUGUAGAUAUGAAUGUAAGUUAUUGUAAAAUCUUUAACGCUGUUUUGGGGAAAGGACAAUGAGAAAAUAAAAACUACUAUUUUUCUUU